CUUGCUUGAGCUGAUUCCUAUUCUUAAUUUAACCGGUAGGUGGURGUAUUGCGUCAAAUUGUUGUUUGCUAACCGCCAUUGCAAAGCAAGAAGAAGCAGGCUCCUCCUCCUCUUCCUCCUUUUGUUACGCAAGAGAAAUGGGAGGGAUUUGUUACAAAACUUAUACACCGUGUGGCGGCAAACAAUUUGCUCCUCCGUCUACUGCGAAUGUUAAAGUCCACAGCUGUGCAAUCAGCUUUAACAGCUGGGAUUUAUUCACCCAAUUUACUGAGUCCUUACGGACAUGUCUACCAGACAAACAAAACGUGAAGCUGCUAUGAAGUACUUGACUCCAGAUACCAAUGCAGCAGUCCGACGGUCAUCUCGGAGGGCUGUCGCCCCUAAACGGCUCGACUUUUCUCCAGACAUAGCAGAUGAAAGGGUGGCGAAAAAAAAGGCAAAAACCAAAAAAGAAAUGCCAGAGAAGAAGAGGAUAAAGGAUGAAGAUGAAUUGGUCCAGACAAAUGAUGGAGGGCUGUCUGCAUAUGAACUGGAGCGCCUUGAGAACAUCAGGAAGAACCAGGCUUUUCUGUCCUCCAUCAACUUACUCCAGGCCAGAGAGGAUUUGCAUCGGACCAUACGACCAAAGCCAUCGCAGCGAGGUUUGAGGCCUCAGCCAGCUGUUAAGGAAGCACUUCCCCCUCGUAAAUCUCUACGCCUUCAGAAUAAACCAGCAGAGAAGUUGACUCUUCCCAAAGAGCCUAUUGAUUCGCUUCACCCUGAUCUGGCCAGGGUAUUAAGGAAGCCCAGUGGCGCUCUUCACAUGAAUCCCAUAAAUCAGGAAGUGGGUUUCAAGCUGCCAUCAGAGCUUCAACAGCUCUGCUCGGAGGACUCAACGGAGAAGAUUAAGCUUGAUCUAAAAGAGUACAUUUCUGCUCUGAAAAGCCUUAAGAUGAGAGAAGACGACGUGGUGAAAGUGGUGAAAGAUCGCAUCUUCUCUGCAGCCUUCCAUCCUUGCAGCAGCAGCCUGUUGCUCGCUGCUGGAGACAAGUGGGGGAAAAUAGGACUGUGGAAUAUGGGUGCUGAAUGGGGCGAUGACGGUGUUCUGCUCUUUGAGCCCCACUCUCGUCCGGUGGGCAGCAUGGCGUUCUCCAGGUGUCAGCCUAACCAGCUGCUGAGCGCCAGCUAUGACGGAUCCUUGCGCUGCAUGGAUGUAGAGAAGGCCGUAUUUGAUGAUGUGUACGAGAUUGAUGAUGGCCUGAAAACGUUUGCCUUUAUGUCACAUGACUGCUCAACACUUCUGGUAGGGAACUGGUUUGGAGAGGUUGCCAUYGUCGACAGGCGGACUCCAGGAAACUCCCAUGAGUCUCUUCACUCCCUAAACACCAAGGCUGUUCGCUGCGUAGACGUCCAUCCUCUCCAGAUGCAGUACUUUGUCGCAGCAGAAGGCAGGACAGUAGGCAUCUAUGACAGCAGAUACUUGAAGAAGACCCAAAGCAARGCAGUGACUCGCCUGAAUGGGCACACUCUAACCAUCACCAGUGCUUAUUUCUCACCUUGCACUGGAAACAGAGUUCUCACCUCAUGUCUGGACAACCACAUAAGGAUAUACGACACAUCCUSGUUGACUACUGAAACUCCCUUGAUUAAAUCCAUCAGUCAUGACAUGCAGACGGGCCGCUGGUUGUCGAAGCUCUCGGCAGUGUGGGACCCCAAGCAGGAGGACUGCUUUGUGGUAGGAAGUAUGAAAAGACCCCGGCGGGUGGAGGUGUUCCACGAAAGCGGGCGGCUCCUACACUCCUUCAUGGAUGAGAACCUUAGCACGGUGCUGUCUGUCACCGCCUUUCAUCCCACAAGAAGUGCUCUGCUGGGGGGAAAUUCAUCAGGACGCAUGCACGUCUUCCACAGUUAGAACGAAGGCCAGUGAGAUGAGUAUUGGAGGAAAGAUGCUGCCAAAAAUAAUUAGACGGGUCUUAAAAUGGGUCAAUUUUAAGACCCAUCAAUGGGUCAAUAUCAUAGACGACAAAUAGUCGUCUAUGAUAUUCUGUACUUGUCUAUAAAAUCCAUUCCAGAUGUGUUGCACCUUUUUUAAAAAAAUUAGCUUUUUUGUCUUUAUUUUUUUGAUUGAGACUUUCAUAGUCUGACUUCUCAGGGUCUUUUUACCCUUUUGUUCACUGAGUUGCCCAUGUAACUGCCCGUGUCCUGCUUCUAUGCAUCUCAUACAUGCUUUCUUAUUAAUAUAUUAAUUCCUUUAUUGUUCUCGUCAUAAUUUUUUUUUUUAUGUUGUAUCCUCUAUAAAGAAGAUGACUCCCCCAUUUUUUGAAACCCGUCUUGUUGAUUUAAGGCUUAUUUUGGAGGGAGAUUUGACCACAUGCCGCCUUAAUUUUACAGAAAUGUAACUAUUGUUAUUUAUUUGUUACUUUGAACAAGACCACCAUGUACUUCAGGAUAUUUAAACUAAAAAUGUUGCGCACUUUUUUUUUUUAAGUUACAAAAGUUUGAAAAUGCAGCAAGUCAGCUGCUUUGUUUGUGGAACAGAUUUUUUUUGUGGUGUUUAUAUCUUUGACGUUUAUAUAAAACCAAUAAAGUUAUGCAGUGAACAUGA